AUGACCAUGAACCUCCACGCUGCAUUGAACCACCAUUAUGUUGUACCACUUCUAUAUAAUUACAGAUUGGGCGUCGUCGAUGCUGCGGACGCAAAGGGAGUGGCUACUGAUGGUAGUGAGGGUUCACCUGCUGCUGAUGGUAGUGAGGGAGUGGCUAUUGAUGGUAGUGAGGGUUCACCUACUGCUGAUGGUAGUGAGGGAGUGACUACUGAUGGUAGUGAGGGUUCACCUGUUGUUGAUGAGGAAUUCCCUGGUGGGCCAUGCGACCCAUCAAUUUUGACUGGUUUUUCCAAGCACCUGACACAUAGCAUUUGGAGUGGAAAGGAACGACCCGAGCUGAAGGUAGUCUCCCAUUGUAGAAAAGUCUAUAAAUUUGGGAGACCAGCGCCUGAGAUAGAAAGCAUGAUUGCGGCCACCGGAUUGAGUCCACUGAUCAGGUGUUCGGUAAUCACCACUAAUCCUGGACUUAUAUUCGCCUUCGUUGAGAGGUGGCAUGGGAAGACCAGCACCUUCCACCUGCCAGUAGGAGAGUUGACGAUCACUCUAGAUGACGUGUCGUCAGUUCUACACCUUCCCAUCACUGACGCGCUGCAUACCUUCGAGCCGCUGGUUACUUUCGACGUGGUCAUGUUGUUGACAGAGCUGCUUAAGUGCUGGAUAUACGAGCACUUUCCGAUGGUGCAUCAGUGCGUCGUUGAUGAUGCUUAUGCUGAGGCAAGCCCACGUGCCUCUAGGUGGCUUACGAGUAAGGCUCAUAUGAGGGGGAUCAAGGGAGCCCCAUACCAGGCACGUAUAGAAGCCCUGACUGUGAUGGACGUGUGCUGGAUGCCCUAUGCAAAGCACCAGGGAGUUAAGGGCUUCGACCUGAUCUCAUCCUACACGGGCCAGCUAAGAUGGGGUCAGAUAGUCGUCUACGUUCGACCAGAGUGGGUGCUUCGACAGUUCGGCUACAUUCAGACCGUCCCUCCGCCGCCUAUUCGUGAUUCGUUGACGGGUCUUGAUAUAGACGGUCGGUGGCUGCACUUUUCAGACCAUCUAGUGCCCGCAGGGGAGAUCUGUGUAGUUCCUGGCCAGGUAGCGCUAGACUACAUGGAUUGGUUUUUCCAGAUUUCCCACCCGUUUGUCACACCGAUCGAGGACGGUGCUGAGCUGAGACAUCUGCCUACCCCACAUGAUGAGGAGUUCGUCGAGCCACCUAUCCCAGAGGUUCCAGUUGCAUCCGAUCUCCCUACGCAUUUAAUGGUUGAUUGCCAAGGAUGUCAAGCGAUCGCUGAGGAUUUGGAGCGGGUCGUCAACCUCAGGAUGGUCACUGAAGGCACUGAGUUAUAUGACAUCAUGGCUCGUUGCCUCAGGAUCGCUAGAGGUGAUGACGCCGCAGAUGGAAGUCUUAGGCUGCGACAAAGAUGGUGCAUAGAAUAG